GAUCUCGUUGAUCAGAAGCUAACAGAUAUGACGGUUGGAUCAGAAGGCUAACAGUUUGACUUGCAAAACACGUGAAUCAUUUCCUUGGUAUUUGGCAACUAACCUUAACCGCUAUGGAUACAACGACUGUAAUGAUGUGAGCAGUUGAUAAUUGGAUUCAUUCGAGUAUGGCACGUUGUGAUUCUGUCAGCUAUGUGAGAUGUGUUUUUAUCGGAGUCCUACUGGUAUAUAUAUGUAACCACCGAGUCUAUGCUUAUAACCUGACAUGUUACACAUGCACGACUACAGUGUCAAGUGACCCCUGUGUCAAUUCACCUAAUGAAACAGAAGUGGUCACGUGUGCUCCAGAUGAACCUUUCUGUCGGGUGUUACGAGUAGACUCCCAGUAUGGUGACCUGAUGAGCCUAACUAGGGGCUGUACGUCCGUGUGUAAGAACCACUGUGGUAUCUGGGGAGAGGAUGUGGACGAGGAAAGGUGUCACUCGUGUUGUCGUACCAAACUGUGUAAUAUAGGCAACGGAUGUGAGGGACAUUAUAAACUGUCUAGUAAUCUACUGGCAGUAUCAUUGUCUAUAGUCUACAUUGUACAGUGGAGUUUACGGACAAUACUAAAUGUCUACUGAUCUCCUAAAAGUAUCAUUGACUAUAAUCUACAUUGAACAAUGGAGUCUAUGGACAAGAGGCACUGUUAACUGGCAUGACUAGUAGUACACACUGUCAAGUGAUAUAGCAGUAUCCAGAUGGCGACUAAAUGUUUGUUACAUAAUGUAUGCAUUUGUGUUUUAAACCGUUUAUGUAUGGAUUAUGAUAUAUUUCACUAUAAUGUACUUACUGUGAUCAGAGGAGAAACACACACAUAGUUUUAGAUCUACAUGAGUUACGUCAAUGUUUAAACCGUUCAGCUGUUAAAACUCUCAGCAAUCCUUCUUCUGUGUAAUGAAUGGCUGAUGCCAUUCCUUUUAAUUAAAGCCUGUGAACAUAGAAGUCAAGAAGGACUAUCGAUAAUAAGAUAGAUAAUUAUAUAACUAACAAUAA